AGUUCCUGGGGGAAGAGUAGAGCGACCCGGACGAACCAAGGGAAAAGGGCCAAGAUUGAACUCAGGGGAUAAAUAUUUACAGCUUUUUCAUCCCAGGUGGAUCGGUGUUGAACCGAAGACAAGGUGCUACAGAGAAAACCAAGGUCUUGACUGCCCGAGAACGUCAGAAAAUAAAGAAAAUGGCGGAGCCGGACAAAUUAAACAUCGACUCUAUAAUUCAGCGUCUCUUGGAAGUCAAGGGCUCUCGGCCAGGGAAGAAUGUCCAGCUGACAGAGAACGAGAUCCGUGGCCUUUGCCUCAAGUCCCGUGAAAUCUUCCUGAGCCAGCCGAUCCUGCUUGAACUAGAGGCUCCCUUAAAAAUCUGUGGUGAUGUCCAUGGUCAGUACUAUGAUCUGCUCCGGCUUUUUGAAUAUGGAGGCUUCCCCCCAGAAAGCAAUUACCUGUUCCUGGGCGACUAUGUAGACAGAGGAAAGCAGUCACUGGAGACUAUCUGCCUGCUUCUAGCCUACAAGAUCAAAUACCCAGAGAACUUUUUCCUGCUGCGUGGCAACCAUGAAUGCGCCUCUAUUAAUCGAAUCUAUGGCUUUUAUGAUGAGUGUAAGCGACGGUAUAACAUUAAGCUGUGGAAGACCUUCACAGACUGCUUCAACUGUUUACCUGUGGCUGCCAUUGUAGAUGAGAAAAUCUUCUGCUGUCACGGAGGCCUGUCUCCUGAUCUUCAGUCAAUGGAGCAGAUCCGCAGAGUAAUGCGACCCACAGACGUGCCUGACCAGGGUUUGUUGUGCGACCUGCUGUGGGCCGAUCCAGACAAAGAUGUGCUGGGCUGGGGUGAAAACGAUCGCGGUGUCUCCUUCACAUUCGGAGCAGAUGUAGUGGCCAAAUUUUUGCACAAACAUGACAUGGACCUAAUAUGCAGGGCACAUCAGGUGGUAGAAGAUGGUUAUGAGUUUUUCGCGAAGAGGCAACUCGUCACUCUAUUCUCGGCUCCCAACUACUGUGGAGAGUUUGACAACGCUGGUGCCAUGAUGAGUGUGGAUGAGACACUCAUGUGCUCCUUCCAGAUUCUGAAACCAGCAGAUAAGAAAUUGUAUCCUUAUGGUGGAGGGGGAGGAAUGGGAUCUGGGAGACCGGUCACCCCGCCACGAAAUUCAGCCAAGUCCGCCAAGGCCAAGAAAUAACACCCGCUGGGUCUCCCUCCCACGACCUGCCACCCCCUGUCGGCCCAACGCUCUUUUUUUCCUACCUCCCAAACUUGUUUCUCCCUCGUCACCAAACGGCAUUAAAGAAAAACAAGUGUCCAGGGUUCAAUCAUAUUUUUUCUCUCUAAAACUAUUUCUAACCGUUUGUUUGGCUAUUUGCUUGCAAUUUUUUGUGCGUGAGUGUGUGU